CUCAUGAAACCAGUUUAUUGGAGUAAUAAAAGUAAAAUUAAAUUACCAUUGGUUAAUAUAUUCUCUUCUUCUCUUUUCAACCUUGACUCUUCAUUCUAAACUCUUGCACAUGGGCAUUGGGUAAUUGGGAAAUCAGUCAUAAGUGUCCGUGAUCCCUAGUUCAAGUUAUUUAACUUAUCAAGAGUAUCCUAGAUAACAUUUAGAAGUUCAACCAUAGUUAAAAUUCGUCUUUUCAGUCUCUCACUUACUGUUGAAAGAAACCCGGCUUUUUUAUUAACAUGGAAAAACUUGGAAAAGGUUGGUUUAGUGAAAUUUCUGAUCUCUGGCCGGGCCAAUGUUUUUCUUUGCAAGUAAAAGAAGUUUUGUAUAAGGAUAAAUCAGAUUAUCAAGAUAUUCUAAUAUUUGAAUCAACAAACAAUGGUAGGGCUUUGGCUUUAGAUGGAAUCAUCCAAGCUACACAGAAAGAUGAAUUCUCGUACCAAGAAAUGAUAACUUUCAUUCCAUUAUGUGCGCAUAAAAAUCCCCAAAAAGUUCUUAUUGUUGGAGGCGGAGAUGGAGGUGUUGCAAGGGAGGUUCAAAAGCACCCAUUAGUAAAAGAAAUUGUUCAGGUUGAAAUAGAUGGAAAGGUGGUUGAAGCAAGUAAAAAAUACCUUCCCUUUAUGGCCAAAGGCUUUAACUCUCCAAAAGUAGAUUUAAAGAUCUGUGAUGGAUUCGAAUAUAUGAAGAACCACAAAAAUGAAUUUGAUGUCAUUAUUACAGACUCAUCUGAUCCGGUUGGACCUGCUGUGAAUCUCUUUACCGAAUCUUAUUACAAACUUCUAAAAGAAGCUCUUAAACCAAAUGGUAUUAUAAGUUGUCAAGCUGGAACUGUCUGGUCUGAUCUUCCACACGUUAAGAAAACUGUAGCAAAUUGCAAGCAGCAUUUCAAAACUGUCAAAUAUGCUUAUUCGAGCGUACCCAGUUAUCCAGAUGGUCAGAUAGGUUAUCUAGUUGCAACAUCUGAUGAGAACAAUGAUCUGAAAACACCAAAGUACAAGUUUACCCAAAAACAGAUCGAUGAAUUGGAAUUGAAAUUUUAUAAUGAUGAAAUUCAUUCAGCUGCUUUCGUUUUGCCCAAUUUUGUAAGAAAGCAAGUUCAAAAUUGAUACUAAUACUAAAUAAAUUUGUAAAAUUUG